GAAAGAGAGAAAGGCUCAUUAACAAAACAAACAAACAAGGGUGAUGGAAUUGAUUUACUGCAUGCACUGCUGAGGUCAAUGUGCAGAAGUAAUUGGAGGGAGAGAAUCGAUUCCACACUCAAGACCAUAUAUGGCUGCUUUAAUCACAGGAAGUCGUGUAUGUGGAGGAACUUUGAUCAAACAAAACUGGGUGUUAACAGCAGCCCACUGUCCCCUGAACAGAAGUGCAACCACAGUUAUUCUUGGAAUUCAUUCACGAAAAACAGCAAGACCAAAUCAAAAAUUUUCCAUUAUUAAAAUGGUUCGCCACCCAGGAUUUAAUAGCCAAUCGUUCAGAAAUGACAUUAUGCUUCUGAAGCUUAAUAGAAGAGCAAAGAUUACUAAAGAGGUAAAAACUUUACUUCUUAUCAGACCAAAGGAUAACAUCAAGCCAGGAACACAGUGCUUUGUCGCUGGAUGGGGCAAGACCUCUAACAACCCAAAAGCCAAGACUUCUGACACACUGCAUGAAGUUAAUGUCACCGUGCUUGAGAGCAGCUUCUGCAAUGAUGAGCGACAUUAUGAUGGACAUGUUGUGACAGAGGACAGGGUGUGUGCAGGUAGCCAGGAAGGAGGGAAGGACACCUGUCAGGGUGAUUCUGGUGGUCCUUUGAUAUGCCACAAAAGACAACUAGGCAUCCUUUCUUUGGGUGGAAGUAGAUGUGGUGAUCGCAAAUAUCCUGGUGUUUAUACUCGUCUUACAAAGGCCUACCUCGCCUGGAUUAGGAAAACCACAAAGGGUGGCCUAUAGAUUGAUCGCUUGGUUUUCCAAUUCUCUCUACUGUAAUGCGUUUAUUUCUAACUUGCCAGUUGCUUUAGCUCACACUUAA